ACACAUGGUUUUUCCAAAUGCUAUCCCGUCGGUCCAAAACACGAACCCUGAUUACAGCAGCUGCGUGAGUGAGUAAGAUGACUGUGCAGCAUCCAGCCUGUAUCACCAUGUCCAGAAAUGAUCUUCAUCUCCUGAACUAUCCAACACGAGGGCACCUACAUGGUUGAGUCAAGAGGCAGUAUGGACGCAACUAUAAAGACGAUAGAAAGGACCAAACAUCUUAACAACUCAAACAACAUUCAAUCUCUCAAGCUUCUCUCUUCUUGAACAAGACACACUACAAUUUCUCAAUUCUCAUUUACAACAUGGCAGCUGCAGCAGUCCAGACUUACACUCCCGCGUCAUACGACCACCGCGCCGUUGAUGCCAUGACUGACGUCGACGUGGCCGCCCAGCGACUCCAGGAACUCAAUGGCCUGGAUCACAUGAAGUCCUGCAUCAGAGACGUCUUCAUGAAGCACGGCGUCGACAAAGUAUUCGGCGUUGGUCUUCUCCACCGACACUACGACGUUGCCCCCAACGAGAAGAUCAUCGAGCUUGGCCCAGUCUCAUCACCCUGGGUUGUAGGUGAUGACGAAGUCGUGACGGGCGGCUCAGUCCUCCCUCACACCUGGCGCGUCUUCGAUGGCGAACUUAAGCCCACGGAGUUCAAGUUCGUGCCACAGCGUGAUCUCUCAAACGUCGACCGGCCCGUCUUCCCAGCGGCCUUUGUCAAAGAGCUUAUCGGCGUGCUGCAAGAGACAGGCCUCGAUGAGGUUCUGGGCGUUAGCCUGUAUGAGGCCGGCGACCCUGAUAACGAGACCAUGGAGGUGACAUAUGGCCGCAGCAGCAUCGUCAUUCCUUCUACAGGUCUUAUCGGCUCCAAGGUUAUUGGUCCACAGGGUUUUGACGCAUUCCAAGCCGCCUGGACUUUCAGCAAGAAGGAGGGCGAGGACGUUGUUGCUCACCAUGGCAUCUGCGCUGCAAUGGGUGUCGAUGAUGGUGUCACAGCUCGCCAUGGAAUCUGUGCGGCCAAAGCGGAGAGUGGAGUCGAGGCUCGACAUGGGAUCUGUGCCGCAAAGGCUGCCGAUGAUGGGGUCACCGCUCGCCAUGGUAUCUGCGCAGCCAAGAUGAACGACGGCGUCAAAGCACUACACGGUAUCUGUGCAGCUAAAGCUGAGAACGGCUUCGAGGCCCGUCACGGUAUUUGCGCAGCAAAGGCCAGUGCUGACGGAGUUACCUCUCGUCACGGCAUCUGUGCCGCCAAAGCGGCUGAUGACGGUAUGACAGCUCGUCAUGGUAUCUGCGCAGCAAAGGCCGACCAUGGUUUCACGGCACGCCACGGCAUCUGUGCUGUUAAAGCUUCCGAGGAUGGUAUCAACGCUCGCCACGGUAUUUGCGCCGCCAAAGCCGCUGACGAAGGAAUGACUGCUCGUCAUGGCAUCUGCGCUGCAAAAGCUGCAGAAGGUAUGAAGGCCUACCACGGUAUCUGUGCUGCCAAGUCUAUUGAAGACGGUUUCAAGGCUCACCACGGCAUUUGCGCUGCCCGCACUGCUGAAGAUGGCAUUAAUGCCAAGCAUGGAAUUUGCGCUGCGAAGGCUGCUGACGAGGGUAUGACUGCUCGCCACGGUAUCUGCGCCGCACGUCUUGCUAAUGGGGAUGGCAUGAAGGUCUAA